GCUUCGAAGUAUGCUGUAUUAUUUUUUUUUCUUUUUUAUUAUUUAGUUUUAUACAUUAGUCUUACUAUUUAAAUAAUAAUAUAAAGAUCAACACAUAUAUAGUACAACGUGUAUAUCAUGGGCACUUCAAUAGAUCCUCUAUAUUCAUCACAGCCUGAUCAUGCUGAACUUGCAGCUAAAGUGGUAUCGAUUUUUUCAAUAUCUUCACUUUCUUUACUCUUUGGAAUAAAGACGUUUAAUGUGCAUUUCAAGUAUUUGACAUAUUCACGAUGGCUGGUAAUAUGCUUAUAUUUACUUUCUUGGUCAUUUACAACCGCCAGUAUGCUUUUAGUCACUACAAACAAUAAUAACUAUGCUUCAUGUUUCCUUUCUAUUAUGGUAUGUGAUAUCUUUUAUUUCAGUACAAAGAUUGUUAUUUAUACAUGGUUAAUAGAAAAAAUAUACGUUGUAUCAUCUAUUCGUCAAACAAGAUGGAAAUCAAAUACUUAUCGAUUCCAUUUAUGCCUUUUAUUGCCAUAUAUUGCGAUUUUUGUAUUAAUGAUGAUUUUUCAUGUAGCAGAAAUUGAUGAAUCAGGAAUUUGCAUCAUUGGUCUUCAAUCGAUUGCUUCUCUUCCGCUUUUGAUCUACGAUUUUCUAAUCAAUUUUUAUAUGGCUUUAUUUUUCAUUCGACCCUUGAUAAAACUCGGGAAAAAUACGAAAUCUACUAACUGGCGUACUUCAAGACUAAAUGAAGUUGCAUUGCGUACAUUGAUUGCUUCAAUUGUUUGCUUAUUAGCCUCAUUUGCCAAUAUUUUUUCUCUUUUCAUGUUUCAAGGAAGAGAAAGAGGGCUUAUAUGUUUAACAUGCUGUACUGUAGAUGUUACUAUUAACGUCAUUACAGUUCAUUGGGUUACUUCGCAAGCUCCUGGUAAAAGAAGAAAAGAAAUAGGAGUAGAUUAUAAUACUCAUCAUUACCCAAGGGAUUCAAGUCCUGAUAAUUCAGACUACCAUCAAAAGCAAGAUCCGGAAUUUCUUUGCAAAAAUGAUAUUGAUAUGGAAAUAAUGGUAACACAGCAACAAGCAAAUGCCUAUAAUUAUACGAAGAAUGAUUUUCAAAUUGAUCAUUUAAGAAUUGUGUCUCCUUAUUCAUCUUCUAAAGUAAACAAGGAUGAUCAAGCCUCAUUAUCUGAAAGUAACUCUUGUAAUUUCUCUAUUCAUGAGUCUCAAAUUAGUCGAAAAUCAUUAACAACACAAUAAAAAGACGAUAAAUC